CAGCAACAACAUCUAAUCACUACACUUUCUCAACUGCAAUUCCCUCAAACCCACUUCCACCCAGAACCUUCUCCAGACAAGCUAAGAUGCCCCCCAAACCCCGCAUCCUCUUCCUCUGCAUCCACAACGCCGGUCGCUCCCAAAUAGCAGCAGCCUACCUCACGCGUCUCGCCGGCCCCGCCAUCGAAGUGCGAUCUGCCGGGUCCGCGCCCGCCGAGUCCAUCAACCCCAUGGUCUAUGCAGCAAUGUUGGAAGAAGGCAUCGAUUUGUCGGAUCAAAGACCGAAGAUUCUCACCGAGGAUGCGGUGCAGAACAGCGAUGUGGUUAUCACCAUGGGUUGUGGAGAUGCGUGUCCGUUUUUUCCGGGGACGAGGUAUUUGGAUUGGAAGGUGCGGGAUCCGGCGGGGAGGGGGGUGGGGAUGGAGGAUAUAUUUGCGAAGAGGGGACUAUGGUAG